AUUGACCAUCUUUCUUUUCGAGGACGUCGUGCACAUGUGCCUAACAGGAUUUCUGCAGUAUAGCCGAUGUUUCACAAAAAUUUGCAAUUAAUUGAGUGAUAAUCAAUCGAGCGACAUGGCUCUGUAUAAUUUUAAGAAAAUCGCAGUGGUUCCGACUGCUAAGGACUUCAUUGACAUUAUUUUAUCUAAAACCCAACGUAAAACACCGACAGUCAUACACAAAAAUUACAAGAUAUCACGUAUCCGUGCGUUUUACACUAGAAAAGUAAAAUUCACCCAGCAAAAUUUCCACGAUCGACUCAGCCAAAUUAUCCAGGAGUUUCCAAAACUAGACGAUGUUCAUCCCUUCUACGCAGAUCUUAUGAACGUCUUAUAUGACAAAGAUCACUAUAAACUAGCUCUGGGGCAAAUUAAUACCGCUCGACAUUUGAUCGACAAUGUUGCUAAGGAUUAUGUCCGUCUCCUCAAAUAUGGAGAUUCGUUGUACCGUUGCAAACAGCUGAAAAAAGCUGCCCUUGGUCGCAUGGCUACCAUUAUGAAAAGGCAGGCUGCCAAUUUAACAUACCUCGAACAAGUUAGACAACACUUGGCUCGUCUACCAAGUAUAGACCCUUACACUCGUACGAUUAUUAUCUGCGGAUUCCCAAAUGUUGGCAAAAGUAGUUUCAUCAAUAAAAUUACCAGAGCCGACGUUGAGGUGCAACCCUACGCUUUUACGACCAAAUCGUUAUAUGUUGGACAUACAGAUUACAAGUAUCUGCGCUGGCAAGUCGUAGACACACCUGGAAUUCUGGAUCAUCCGUUAGAAGAAAGAAAUGUUAUCGAAAUGCAGGCUGUCACAGCAAUGGCUCAUUUACGUGCAGCUGUCUUAUAUUUUAUAGACAUCUCAGAGCAAUGUGGCCAUUCUCUUGAUGAGCAGAUUAAACUCUUUGAGUCUAUAAAACCACUCUUCACAAAUAAACCUCUAAUGAUUGUACUGAACAAAGUCGAUGUUCUACGGUUGGAAGAGCUCUCUGAAGCAAAACGUGAAAUAUUGAAGCCUUUUGAAGGGAAUUCUGAAGUUCCUCUGGUAGAAAUGAGUACAAUUACUGAUUUUGGCGUCAUGGAUGUCAAGACUCAGGCUUGCGAUCGUUUGCUUGCUCACAGAGUCGAACUUAAAAUGAAGACUAAGAAGAUGGAAUCUGUUCUGAAUCGUUUACACGUUGCGCGACCAUCACCUAGAGACCAGAAAGCAAGACCACCUUGUAUUCCAGAGUGUAUUCUCAAAAAGAAAGAAGUGUCUACCGCUAAAAUUGAAAAGAAGAGGAUGUUGGAGCGAGAAAUUGAGGAGGAAAUGGGCGAUGACUACGUUUUGGACUUGAAAAAGAAUUACAAGAUUGAAGGAGAUCAGAAGUUUGACAUCAUUCCUGAAUUCUGGGAGGGUCACAACGUAGCAGAUUACAUUGAUCGUGAUAUCUUUGAUAAACUAACUGCUCUCGAGCAGGAGGAAAAUCUCAGGGAAGAGACAGGCGUCUAUGACGCAAAGAUACCUGAACUGAGUGAAACAAUGCUGGAGAUCCGUGAUUUGGCUAGACAAAUUCGAGAACGCAAAGCAAUCAUGAAGGACGAAGCCCGGAUUCAAAAGGCAUCCACCAAGCCUGUUAUGCCUCGUACAGCUGCUGCUAAAAAAAGAGAUCGAUCGGUCAGCAAAUUACGAGAUCAAAUGGAAGAUCUGGGCGUGGAUAUGGAAGAUACGGAAAAUGCACACUUUACCAAAACCAGAAGUAGAUCGAGAUCGCAGUCUCAACCUGUUACUAAACGAAUGCGUUUGCAAUCAGAACCGCAAUCACGAGCCCGCAGCAGUUCCAGACCAGCUCGCGAUGAGAUGGGAAUCAAGGACACCGUGAUGAAGUCUAAGCUGAAGAAUAUCGCCCACAAGGCAAUAAAGAAGAAGGUGGCAAAGAAGGGAUUGAAGGGAGAAGCAGAUCGGUUCAUUGGAACAAAGAUGCCUAGGCAUUUGUUUACUGGCAAGAGAGGAGUCGGCAAAACAGACAGAAGAUAAAUGUACAUAUAUUUGCCUUUUAUGUCUCGAUCUCCACUCACAUACAAGGAAUGAAUUUUAAGUUAAUGAAAUAAAAAAUUUUUGAUGAAUCCUA